AUGAACAAUUUUUUAAAGGUACAACUAGAGAAGCAAGCCCUAGGAGACAUUCAAGGUUAUGACACAGUUCUAAAGUUCACAGACAAUAGGGUGCUUUAUGUUCAUCGAUGUGUUCUAGCGGCAAGAAGCGCUUAUUUUUCAAAUAUUUUCAAGGAAAGCAACACACAAGAAGACGGAAAACUACUCAUUGAAAUUAGCAACUACCACCUAGAGUCUAUUCAAAUAUUGAUUUCGUUCCUCUACACAGACAAUAUAUCUUUUCCAGACAAUAUGUACGAACAUUACUUACAAGAAAUAGUUGAAAUUUGUGGAAUGGAUCAUCGCAAGCAUGAAAUAUUUGCAGAUAUUUAUAAUCGUAAAAAAUUAUAUAUGGAUUCUUCUGCUUCUGUUAUUUAUGAAAUUGAGGAAGAUUUGAUUGAAUUGUAUCAAAGUGUAGAACAUUCUGUGGAUAAUAUUAUUGAAGAACUGUGCCACAAUAACUUUUACGCCGACGUCACUAUUCAAAUUUUAGACCCUCACACCAACGAUAUUAUGCACCAACUACGAGUUCACAAGCUUUUUAUUGCACGAUCGACAUAUAUUGAAGCAGUUUUUGCGCCCAAUAUGGAAGAGUCAACCACUGGAGUAAUGAAAUUCAAUGAAGUUUCACUGAAAGGCAUCCUGUGCGUAUUGAGAUACUUGUACACAAACAAAAUUGAUAUUCCCAUUGAAAUUGCCAUUGAAGUAUUCAUUUGUUCACAUUUAUUUCAAUUGAACGAAAUUUCACAACAUGCAAAACGUAUCGUUAUUGAGAACAUCACUAUUGACAAUGCGUUGGAUAUAGCAAUUAUUGCGGAUAUGUACAAUGAACAUGGUAUCAAGAAUCACUGUAUUAAGAAAGUGGUCGAUCAUUAUGACGAAUUUUCCAAACUGUCUCACUUUCAUGGAUUGUCUGAACCUAUCAAAACUGAAAUCCAUGACAAGUACGUUUAUCAACUAAAAAAGAAGUCUAAACAAAUCAAAACCAAGAACAGGAAGCAAGAUGAAAAUUCUAAAUAA